GGUUUGUUUUACUCUGACAGCCAAAAGAGGAAGUUACGAAGCGAACCCUGUAACCAGCGAGCUAGCUGUACUCCGCCCAAAGCAUUGAGAAAGGCAAUAACAGGAACAAGCGCGCUUAGUGUUGCAUACUUUUUUUUAAAUUAUUUGUCAGAUGUAUGACUUAAGUGUGCAUUGCCACUCGCUUUGAAAUCACAAACGGUAAAAGGCAAGUUGUCGUGACCAACCGCCACAGAAGAACGUCUGUUUGACAGCUAGCUAACAGUUGGCUAACGAAAAGUAUGUCUUCAUCCUCCCUGAGACGCUAGUGAGUUAGCCAUCCGCUGAAACGUUAGCAGCUGGAACGCUUAGCUUCGACCCGCUUUACACAGAAAGCUAAUUAACGUUGCACGUUUCUACUCUGUUAACCCGCGUUAGAUGUUCCACCAAAAAAACAAAACGAUUCCACAUUUAACUGAACGGUAAAUGGAGUCAAACGACAAUGAAGAUACCUGACCAGUAGUUACGUUAGAUACCGUGGACGUUAGAUGGUUCAGUCUUUAGCCUAACGUCAACUUCGUAACUUUGGUGAAAACACGUUUUAUCCUUGCACUGUAAUAUUAACCCGGUGUUAUCGUAAAUCAAGUCGACAAGAACCGUUGCUGGCUAGUUGUGUGUUGAGGAUCGACCUAAGCAGGAGAACAUACCAUCAUGAGCCCCAUCUGCGGUUACGUUAGCCAGCAACACCUUAGCUAACGUUAGCUACAGAAUUGACGAGCCAGAGGGCUCAUGUUUUCUGUUUACUGUAAUUAAUCCGAGAACAAGUAGACUGAAGAAAGCAUCCGAGCCAGCUAAACAUGGCUUCAGAGGAGUCCUCACUGCGUGCACUGGAGAGCCUGAUGACUGAGUUCUUUCACAGCUGCACCACCAAUGAACGAAAGAGAGAAAUUGAGGAGCUGCUGAAUAACUUUGCACAGCAGACUGGAGCAUGGCGCCACUGCUUGUUCUUUCUCUCCAAUACUCGGAAUGAGUAUGUAAUGAUGUACAGCCUCACAGUAUUUGAAAACCUGGUGAACAAGAUGUGGAUCGGGAUUGCUUCACAAGACAAGAUGGAGAUUCGCAGCUGUCUGCCCAAACUCCUCCUCGCUCAGCACAAAUUGGUGCCCUUUUUCAUUCGCAACAAACUCUGCAAAGUAAUUGUGGACAUUGGUCGCCAAGAUUGGCCGAUGUUUUACCAUGAUUUCUUUACAAACACCCUCCAGUUGAUCCAGUCUCCAUCUCUGGCUUCACUGGGCUUGGUAAUGUUGAAAACCACUUCAGAGGAACUCGCAUGUCCUCGAGAAGACCUCAGUGUCGCCAGGAAAGACGAGUUGCGUAAACUUCUGUUGGAGCAGGUACCGACUGUGCUCGGGCUCUUGACUGGUAUUCUGGAGACCUAUUGGGACAAGCACAGUGUCAUAGCUUCCACCCCUCCUCCAUCGCCCACCUCAGGGGAAAGCGUGGAAUUGCUGGGCAGUUUGUUUCAGGGCAGUCAGUACUCAAAGCUACUAUGCCAGCCCAUGGCAGCGUUGGACAAUGAGAGUCAGCAGCUCUGUUGUCUUGUCCUGGAGUGUUUGGCUCACCUGUUCAGCUGGAUCCCUUUGUCCACCAGCAUCACGCCCACCCUACUGGCAUCCAUUUUUCAUUUUGCACGCUUUGGUUGUGAUCUUCGGACAAAGGCCAAGCCGGGAGCCUUCAUCUCCUCAAACUCCUCCUCUAAUGGUCAGCUUAAUCCGGGGACAAUGCCACCAGCGUCGAAUGGAGGAGGGCGAAACGGACAGCAGAGUGAGGGCAACAAGGUGGAUCGCGCCCGGCUUGGUGUAUACGCCAUGACCUGCGUCAAUGAGCUUGUGUCAAAGAACUGUGUUCCAGUGGAUUUUGAAGAGUAUCUGUUGCGCAUGUUCCAGCAGACCUUCUUUCUCCUGCAGAGGCUGACAAGAGAGAAUAAUGCUCAUACAGUCAAGAGCCGCCUCCAAGAACUCGAUGAGAGUUACUUGGAGAAGUUCACAGAUUUUCUGCGCCUGUUUGUCAGUGUUCACUUGAGGCGAAUUGAGUCCAAUCCUCAGUUUCCAGUUGUAGAGUUUCUUGGCCUGCUUUUCAAGUACACCUUCAACCAGCCUACCCGUGAAGGCUACUUUGCCUGUUUGGAUAUAUGGAGUAUCUUUUUGGAUUUUCUAACGACCAAAAUCAAAAGCAGACUCGCUGACAGAGAAAGUGUUCUAAAUAGGUACAAAGAUGCCUUAGUUCUUCUGUUGAGGGAGGUUCUGAAUCGCAUUCAGUUCCGAUACAAUCAGGCCCAGUUAGAAGAGCUGGAUGAUGAGACUCUGGAUGAUGACCAACAGACCGAGUGGCAAAGGUACCUGCGUCAGAGUCUGGAGGUGGUUUCCAAGGUGAUGGAGCUGCUCCCUUCCCAUGCAUUCUCUACUUUGUUUCCAGUCCUUCAAGAAAAUCUGGACGUAUACCUGGGUUUGCGGCAGUUUAUUGUCACCACCAGCACAAGUCGUAGACUUAACAUCUCGGCUGAGAAUGAUUGCCGUCGACUCCAUUGUUCUCUCAGGGACCUCAGCUCUGUGCUUCAAGCCGUGGGCCGCCUGGCUGAGUACUUCAUCGGGGAGGUUUUUGCUGCACGGUUUAAUGACGCCCUGGCAGUGGUGGAGAGGUUGGUCGAAGUGACUUGUUAUGGCUCUCAGACCAGUCUUUAUGACAUGGAGACUGCUGUGCCUUCUGUGCUCAAACCAGACCUCACGGACGUACAUGCACAAGCACUCGCAGCUUUGCAAGCCUACUCUCAUUGGCUUGCACAGUUCUACAGUGAGGUUCACACCCAAAACCAGAGCCAGUUCAUGAACCUCAUCACAUCUGCAGUAGAUGCCAGUAGCCCACUCAUCACAGCAAAGGUACCUGAAAAGUUGCUGCUCUCAGCUUGCCAUCUGAUGGUUUCCAUAACCUCUACAGUGCGGCCUGUGUUUUUGGUCACUUUGCCAGCUGUUCAGAACAUCUUCAACCUCAUUACUUCAGAGACUCAGACGCGUAGACUUCCCCAAGAGGCUCACAUGUUAGUCUGCAGGGCUUUGUCCAACAUGUUGUUGCUCCCGUGGCCGAAUUUACCGGAGAAUGAGCAGGAGUGGCAAACGCGUUCUAACAACCACGCCAGCCUGUUGGCAGCACUCACUCGAGAAUAUAUGGCAAUAAGAGGGACGGUGAACAUCACUCCACAACAACCCGAUCUGGAAAACAUGAAAGCAGUGAUACGUCAAGCCCUGCCUGUACUUCGAGAUAUUGUGGACAGCAUCUCUGGGGAAUCCACCAAGUCGCGUCAGAUCUGUUACCAGAGUCUUCAGGAGUCCGUACAAGUGUCCCUCAGCCUUUUUCCGGUGUUUAUUCAGCAGCCAGAUGUGACGGAUGAGAUGUUGGCCUUCUUCUUGACGCUAUUUCAAGCCUUGCGAGUGCAGAUGGGUGUUGCCUUCACAGGACAGAUCAUCCACACUUUCCUCAGCAUGUUCACCAGGGAACAGCUGACAGCCAGUAUUUUGCAAGAAGGCAGUGCGGGAUGCAGAGUGGUGCAGAAGUUCCUGAAAAUCCUCCAGGUGGUGGUGCAAGAGCCCGGUCAAGCCUUCAAGCCCUUCCUACCCAACAUCCUCUCCUUGUGCAUGGAGCAGGUUUACCCAGUUGUGGCAGAGCGGUCUUCCCCGGACGUCAAGGCAGAGUUGUUUGAGUUGCUAUACCAAAUACUUCACCAAAACUGGAGGUACUUCUUUAAAACGUCGGUCUUAACAAGUGUCCAAAGAGGAGCCGCGGAGGACACCAUGGAAAAUGAGGCCCAGUUCACAGCUGCCAUGCAGGCUUUUGGACAGUCUUUCCUGCAACCGGACAUUCACAUCUUCAAGCAGAAUCUCUGUUAUUUGGAAUCACUCAACAGCAAGCACAAGUUGUAUCACAGAAAGCUUUUCCGGACCUCGAUGCUCUUCCACUUCAUCAACGUGCUGCUGCAGGUCCUUCUUCACAAGAGUCACGACCUUCUUCAGGAGGAAAUCACGCUCGCUAUUUACAACAUGGCCUCUGUCGACUUCGAUGCCUUCUACUCGGCCUUCAUGCCAGAGUUCCUCAACGGCUGUCAGGGUGUGGACUCCGGCCAACGAGCUGUUCUAGCGCGCAAUUUCAAGCUUGAACGGGACCUGCCUUCGUUCACUCAAAGUGUGCACAGACUGGUGAAUGACCUUCGCUACUACAGACUGUGUAAUAGUAGCCUGCCGACUGGCACCAUCAAGCUAUAGCACAAUGAGUGCUUGAACCACUCCAUACAUCAACUAUGAUCUUCAAGGACUGCCUGUGCUGACCACUUUCCGUACGCUCCUCCUCCAAUCCAGCAUUGCACCAACUGUUAAGAGUCAUAGGAAGGAACCACACGCAUCGUAUCGUUGAGAAAUUGGAAGUUGUGGAUGCUGCUGAUGUAUUUCUUUGAUGUCUACUGUAGUAAGUCGGCGCAUAAUUUUUUUAAAAAGCGUUUUAGCAGCGUCCUCCCAAUGUGUUGCCAAUGAUAUUUUGGCAAGAAAAGAAACCCGGUCUGCAGUUGGCUUUCGCCCAGACCUGGAGCAAUCUGAGCCAGGCCUUCUUUCCCACGCGUCGGCCACCAAGCUGGUCUGGGACUGAGCACUUUCAACUCAUUUUGAGUUUUUAAAAUGUCUGCUUUUAUUCAUUUUGCCUUUUCAUCUCCAAAGGAGACUGAUUCUCAACCUAAGAUCUUUCAUAUCAUUCCAUUCUGAUAAAGAGAAACUUGCUUGAUUUAAUAAAGUGCUUUUUUAGUAAAAAAAUUCAGGGAUUGAUGAAUUCAUGUCUAUUUUAAUCUAUGUGCCCAAACUUUGCAGUGUUGUGACUGUAUUGAAUAAUGGUUGUGUAGAGAUUUGAGACUUGACUGUAUGUUAACGCUGUACCUCAUGCACCCAUAAUCAAAUGGUAGUUUCCAGUCCCUACGGGACUAAUGGAUAAUGCAAAUUAAUUUUUAAUUUUGAUUAAAAAAAAAGUUGUCUGAAGACCGGAAGCAUCAACACGGGAAGAACAAAUGUAUCCUUGCAGGUGAAACACCUCAGCAAACAUUCAAAGUUAUCUUUUCUGUAUGUCCCUCUUUGAGGAAUGGGACAUCUGUUCUUGUCUCUCUCAAUGCUGAAUGCAAAUACUGGUUCCAGUAUGAUGUCAACUGAACAUGUAAGUGAGCUAUGAUAUUAAAGAAACUUCCUGCAGGCUAAUCUGACAGUAAAACCUUUUGAUGAAAAAAUCUCAAUGACUAGUUGAUUCUAAUUAAAUACUAAUUGGAUCUUCCAUGCAGAAGAAAAACAAUUAUCAUUGGUAAAGGUGACAAAGCGUCCGUUAAAACCAAACAUCAGUGACAGUUUGACCUGAACCCCUAAUUGAGCCAGGUGGCUAAUGAGCAGGUGAUAAGCAAGCAGAGACUUGAUUGACACAUGGUCGUAAGAAAAGUACUUUGUUACUGUGAAGGACUAGAAAGGCGUCAUCCGAAUGUAUCUCCAGAGAUCAUUGGAAGAUGUUCAAUCUUUGCCACUUGAAUGUUCCACACGUUUGACUUGUCUGAGACUAGAACCCUGCACUGCUUUGCAAAUGUGUGGAGGUUAAAGUGUUUGAAGAAAUACAAAUUUGAUUUACAUUUGGGGAAAAGUGUAAGCGAUUAGUUUUACAUCUUUGUUUCUUGCAAUUAAUCGAAAUGUGGUGUUAAUAGUUUGGAUAUGAACUAGAGAACUUCAAUAAUGUUCUCAUGAUUAAUUCAGGCCUACACGUUAAAAAAAGUGAAUUAUUCGUUGCUAGAAUAUUUGUUUUUUUCCGAAUAGAAAAAAA